UGUAUUUGUCCUGCUCCUCAUCUACAUGCCUCUCUCUUGUGCACACACUCUCUCAGUCUGAUGCUUGACGCUGCCGGAGACCGAUCACAGCGCUUUCCUUUGCUGCUCGAUGAGAAACCCACACUUCUUCCCCAGAUAAGGACAAAAGAAAAGAAGAUGAGAUGCAGACAAAUGGGAAAAAACAAAAUCAAGAGUCAAGUGACUCUGUGGAAGCAGGACAAGUAAAAGAAAGAUCCCUUCCUGAGGAGAGAAGAGAUUUCUAAAAAUACAAGCCAGCUUACUCUCUGCAUUCUGUUAUUUUCUCUCUCCCUUCUUUGUCCCCUCCUUCAUUCAGUACCUGUUCUGUGGGAUUAACAUGACUUAAAAUUCAAUCAGCCUACAGCCCUGACGGAAGAGCGACAGAGGAGGCAGACAGAGCGCUGCAGCUGUCGACCGAGUGAGGGGACGACCAACGGGAGAGAGAGAGGCAGACGAAGAGAGAGAUACCGACGAGAGAGAGAGAGAGAGAGAUGGGUGUUUUUCCACGGAGCUGAGAGAGCGAAAGCCGCGGAGACGGAGAAAUGUGACGGCUUCAGGAGUCAUGGUGGUGGAAUGAUCCGGAAAACGAGGUUUUCCAGCCAUCUCCCAGGUUACUCCCAAACCACCUUUUCUGCACUUGCCUCCAAGGUCAUCAACAAACGGCUAAUUCAGCGUGGGAGAACAAAUGCAGCAGCGAGUGUAGAAGAGCCCCGAGACACACCGGAGACCGCUCCUGGAAGUGAGGGACAAGAGGAAGGCGUGAAAAGAAUCAAAACCGAGCGUGUACAAGAACGAAGAAAGGACCAGAUGAAUGAAUAAAAGAAAAGGGGAGCUGAGAGUGGAGGCAAAAAAAGGAGCAAAGGGAGGGUGAUGGAGGAGAGAGGUGGUGAGAAGGGGAGGUGAAGACUACUGCUUGGAUUCUUACUUGACUGAACUGCUUGAGACAGAAAAGUUGAACCCAGCCAUGAGGAAAUCGUAUCAAGAUGCCAUAAAUAGGAUUUUAAGCAAAGUGGAUUCCUGGAUUUUUUUCGGAAUACCGCGCCAGGAUUGAGCGAGUAAUUCAGGAUUUCCCAGGUUUUCUUCAUCUAUAGAAGCCUAAGAGGAUAUCGUGGGAUUGGAAUUUCUCCAACUCUCUGGUUGUCUGACACUGACCUAUAUCCGUCUCCUUUUGAUGUGUGUGGGGAUGUGUGAGUGUGGAGUGGAGUAGGACAGGUUUCAGUGCAAGCACACAAUAACCUCCCACCCCCCUGUGCUGGCUCAGAAUAAGUAGAAACACCUGGGGCAAGAUCUGUGCAACAUACACACACACAAACACACACACCCUCAAACCAGGAUAACAUGUGGAGCUGAUUCGGAUUAUAGAGCCGCACAGACGGAAAAGGUCUGUGAACAGCCAGGCGUUCUACCAUGCCUGUCCCCCCACCCUUCAAUCCCCGCAGACAAAAACACCUACCCCACACACACCACCCCGAAGACAGAGCAGAGGGCUCCGACUUCCCCUCCCUCUUCCCUCUGCCCAGUCUGUCCGUCUCUCUUCUGUCCCCUCUUUUUGUUUCAUCUCUGUCAACUUCCUCCCAUCUCAUCCACUGCGCCUGUCCCAGGACUGCAAAGAGAACCCUCCCGGACUCUGUCCCUUUCCCAGUCUUUCACUGGCUGACUUUGGUCACAUGCUGCCUGCUUCCUUCUCUAAUUGGAGCAGGGGAGACGUGGGGUGUGGUCUCGGCCUGUCCUUUCCACUGCGUGUGUCGAAACCUUUCGGAGUCACUGAGCACGCUCUGUGCCGACAAAGGCCUCCUGUUCGUCCCACCGCAUGUUGACCGGCGGACAGUUGAGCUGCGACUGGCCGAUAACUUUAUAACAGAAGUGGGCGGAAAUGAUUUUGUCAACAUGACCGGAUUGGUUGAUCUGACACUGUCAAGGAACACCAUCCACCUUAUUAGACCAAUGGCCUUUGCUGACCUGGAGAGUCUACGCUCUCUGCAUCUGGAUGGUGAGCAGUUAUUUUAUUCUCAGUGUUCAAGACUUGAAUCAAAUACACUACUUAAACGUGUUUUUACCCGUUUAUUGUUUUAUCCAGGUAAUCGCUUGACAAUACUCGGACCUAGAGACCUUGCAGGUUUGGUCAAUCUGCAGCACCUGAUUGUCAACAACAACCAGCUGAUCAAGGUCUCCGUGCAGGCUUUCGAUGACUUCUUGCUCACACUGGAAGACCUCGACUUAUCUUACAAUAACCUCAGGAGGGUACCAUGGGAGUCCAUUCAGAACAUGGCCAGUCUGCACACACUAAACCUGGACCAUAACCUGAUAGAUCACAUAGCGGAAGGAGUCUUUGGAGAGCUGUAUAAGCUUGCAAGGCUGGAUAUGACCUCCAACAGGCUCCGAACCCUGCCUCCUGAUCCUCUCUUUGCAAGGUCUCAGACAGGUGCAAUAAGUCCUACCCCAUACAAUGCUGUCAUAAGCCUAAAUUUUGGAGGGAACCCACUGCACUGCAAUUGUGAACUGCUGUGGUUAAGACGCCUCAUCCGUGGAGAUGACAUGGAGACGUGUGCCACUCCUGCUCACCUUGCUGGAAGAUAUUUCUGGUCAAUUCCUGAGGAGGAGUUCACAUGUGAACCACCUCUCAUCACUCGCCACACGCACAAGCUGUGGGUGCUGGAGGGCCAGCGAGCCACACUAAAGUGCCGUGCCAUUGGUGACCCCGAGCCAGUAGUCCACUGGGUUUCACCAGAUGAUCGCAUCAUCGCAAACUCAUCCCGGACCAGCUCCUUUAGCAACGGGACCUUGGAUAUCUUGGUAACAGUAGCCCGUGAUGACGGGGCAUAUACAUGUAUCGCAAUAAACGCAGCAGGUGAAGCAACUGCCACUGUGGAUCUCAAAAUAAUCCCCCUGCCUCACCGGGGUGGAGUAGGUGGAAACGCUGGGAGCAACAGUGUUAACACCAAGAACAACAGGAACGUGACCAAUGGAAUUUUACGGACCGAUCCGGGCUCGUCGGAUAUUAGCACGGCCAAAAAUGGAGGGAUUAACAAUGGCGGUGGACGCGGAGGAGAGCCAGAGGAUGGGAAAAGAGUUGGAGGGGAUGACGAAGAGGGUGACGGCGGUAGGGCAUCUGAAGGAGAGAGGACUGAUGGAGGAAGCAUGGAGGAAGAAGAAGGGGACGAAGAGGAAGGAAGGAUGAUUGGAGUACAGGGAGUAACAUCGACAUCGGCUCAGGUCCGAUGGGAUUUGGGGCGUUUGUCUGGAGCUUACGUUGUCUGGAUGUAUCAGAUACAGUACAACUGCACCGCCGAUGAGACGCUCGUUUACAGAAUCUUACCGUCAACCAGUGAUCGAUUCCUGCUGAAGAACCUGGUUUCCGGUGUGGACUAUAAUCUGUGCGUGUUGGCCAUUUUUGAUGACACAAUCACAUCUUUAGCUGCGACAAAGGUUCUGGGCUGCACAACCUUCUCCACCAAGGAUGUUUACCCUGCAUGUCGCUCUCUGCAAGCCCACUUUCUGGGCGGGACACUCACCAUACUGGUUGGCGGCGUUGUUGUUGUCACUUUACUUGUGUUUACUGUGGCACUCAUGGUUCGCCACCGCGUUUGCAAUCACGGGGACCAUAUAAUGUGUCACAGCAGCAAUACCGAGGCAGGAGGCGGGGCCUGCUGUCAGGGGAGUGUAGGAGGUGGGGACAAAGGAGGAAACGGUAGCGGAUGCUACCAAUCCAAUGGUUCUGGAGACAUGAUGAUGGUGGUCCUGCCCAAUGGUCUGCCUUCUAAGAGAGGAGGAGAGAAGGACAAUGAAAAGGAAAAAGAGGCCGAUUCAGCCUCUUCUGUGCCUCCAAAACUGCCUCCUAAGCCCAGGCCGAAACCUAAAGUCAACCUGGAGCAGUUUCUUUCAGCUGGAGGCGUGGUUUCCACAACGACAGGGGCAGGAAGUGAGAUGGCACUGGUGGUGAGACAGCGAAAGUUGGACAAGGCGCCACCGUACACCUCAGAAAGUGACAGAACACCCCUCUACUACUCCCCUUCUCCCCCCUCAACCCUUCCCCGUCAGUCGCGUCAGAGGGAGCGCCCAAGGCCCCGACUGGAGCGAGAGCUGACCAAUCGUGCUAGUUUUUCUCUCGCGGCACCCCUGAGAGACUCGGAGCUGUUGGACUGGAGAGUCGCACCCAGAGGCAGGGACAAAUGGAACUCCUCACAGGCUUAUCAGAGCCCCGUUUCCCCUCUGAGCCCCGCCUGUGGAACAGUUAGCAAACGGAGGCACUCGCUCGAUAUGGGCUCCUCGGUCGCGCUAGCGACUGAUGCCGCAGCGAGUGUCGCCAGGCGCUACGGCGCUGUCAGUUAUGCCAAGCGGCUAAGCAUCAUCUGGACAAGGCGGAGCCAGUCGCUGCAUGGAAUGCUGGUGCAGUGCGCUUCGACAGCAAGCACAGCGUCGUCGACCACGAGCGACGAGUGCGAAAGCAGCGGCGGGUUCGGGGGUCACUGUGAUUUCCAAAGGGGAUAUAUUCAUGCUUAUAACGCCACCAACUCCAACUCUAACACUGGGAUUACUCCCGGGAAAGCAAAUAAUGGAAAAGACAGGAGUAGGGAAAAAGGAAAGGAUGGAAAGAGCGCGGAAGAACUGGAGGAAAGCGUCGUAUAGGGGCACGGAUUACAAAAAGUGGAGGGGGAUAAAGGGUUCUGUACGAGGACAGUUUGAAUGAGAUGCUGAUUUAAGAAGGCCAAAGAGGUGAGGAGGGAUUACAAAAGCAAAACUGUUUUAGAUGAAAAACUUCCAGUUCAGAGGAAGGAAGGAGAGCAGGUGACUCAAGUGUCACUAAUGCAGCUUCUUGAUUUGCCCUGUGAGCUGAGAGGAGGGAGGAUACCAAGAAGUGAGGUCAGGAUUUGUAAGAGGCUCUUCGAGGAACCUCGAAAGUGAUGGCAGAGAAAUGUGACCAAAAAAAAAAUUAAUAAAAAAAAAAAAUCUUUAAAAAUUCAAGGCGACGGGGAAAGAGAAAGUACAAUCAUCGCAGUGAAAGGAAAAAACAAAUAUGUGAGAGGGACAUGGGGGGAUGUAAAUUAAGGAAAUAAUGAGGGAAAACAGCAGUAAGGAAACAGAACAAGGGUUACAGCAGAGGAGGAGGAGAUGUUGUGACCUGUGUGGAUCACACUAACACAACCACUCAAUUCUCCAGUCUCAGCUCCCACACCACCAUGAGGCUUUACACCGGAUCAAGAACACCACCACUGUUAAUACUGGAGAAAUACUUGUGACAGAAAUGCAUCAGUGAAAAGGUCUGGAUGCCACUCUGUUGUUUUGGCUUUCACGCAGCCGGCCAUUUUGAAGCUCUUUUCUGAAUGUGACUUUUAUGUGUCCUCUGUGUCUGGACAAUGAUUUUGGCUCGCUGCGCCUGCGGAUUAUGGGAGUAUAAAUACAGAGCUGGGUGCAUUGGACAUGAUCAAUCGAUACAGGCUGGAAACAGCGAGGGGGGCCCAGACAUUAUUAAAAGAAAGACACUGGAAUUACAAUGGAGUUGAUAUGGAUUACAAAAUGGAGACGGGAGUGCACAAUGGAACGUGUAAGCGUGUGCAUUUGUAAAAGACGAGAUCGUAUUGGAUGUCAGAUGAUAAUGGACCAAACAGAUGAAUAAUGCUAAUGGAUGCGCAAGUGUGCAUGCGUCUAUGGAUCAGGGACAGGAUGCAUUUGUGUGCCUGUGUGUAUAUGAAUGUUCGUGGGGUGGGGUGGGGGGCGAGCCGGUGAAGUAGACUCCAUGUUUCAAAAAUGUUUAGUGCUUUCUGGAUAUGCUGUAAAAAAGAAAGGAAAAAAAACCCUAAAAAUUAAGGUGAGAGGCGUCCUUGAGCUCCACUGAGAGUGAAAGCAGAGCGAAAUGUUUAAAUACGCCACAACCAGUACAACUUAUUUUCAGCAGUGUAGCAUGGUGAGAAAGCGGAAACUGUUAAAUGGGAAUUAAAAUUUCAAAUUCAUUUGUGUGACUUCAAACUCCUUUGUGCCACAUGGGUUCAUGGUAAAUCCAAAUCGAAUGUUCUCAGAAAGGAAGCAGUUUAAAAAAAAUAAAAACAAAACAGUAAAUGAAUCAAACUGCUGCAGAAGCCACUAAAUGCUAUAAAAUCUGUUGGAAGACUCUUAAAAACCUCUAUGAGAGAGAGACACACAAACACAUACAUAUAUAGUAUAUAAAUAAAAUAAUGUUACUUGUCGCACCAUGUGUUUGUUUUUCAAAGUUUUCUGGGGAGUGAUUCUAGGAUCGAACGCAAACUAUGAAAAGUGUGAUUUUUUUGUUUUAGACAAGAAAUCUUCGUGAGUAGGAAAGAACAUGAUUAUGACUAGGCAGUUAAAUUAACUACCACAACAACAACAAGAAGAAUAAGCGCACAGCACAAAACACAAACUGGCAAGCACACACACACAGAUGCCUAUUAAACAAAGCCAAUUCCAAUAAUAACAAUCAGUGUUGUUUCCUUUCUGUUCUCAUUUCAUUUUGCCAAAGUCAAUAUUGUUCUCUUGACUUGAUAUAAAUAAUAAAAUUUACAUGUAUGGAA